CGUCGACCAAUCGGGUUCCUUCUCACGAUAUAAUAACGUGUCGACUUGAUGCUCGGCCCUUGUUACUGCGAGACAGAUUGGAAGUAGAGACAUCGCCACCUGCGGGAUCACUGACAACAUCGCACCAAACCUCGCAGAAUCCAUAGAACACCACAACCAUGGACAGCAGUCAGAUCCUUUCUAUCCUUAUGCUGGUUUUCGCUAUGGUGCUCACGGGAGUAGCUCUUGGAGCCAAAGAGGAACAAGAUUCGGAAGCAGCUGUAGUAGCUCCAAGUGAACAUCAUAAACGAUCGGUGGACUUUCCACUGUCACAAGAUCUCCUUGACGACGAUGCUUAUGACAUGGACAAACGUGGCAGCCUCUUCCGGUUUGGCAAGCGCGGCGGUCUCUUCCGGUUCGGCAAGCGCGGUACCCUCUUCCGGUUUGGAAAGCGUGGCAGCACUCUGUUCAGAUUUGGGCGCAGCGGAAAUGAUGACCUGUGGGUGCCAGUCAACGAGGACGGACAAGAUACUAAAAGAAACUUCCACUGGGGCAGGGAGACAGAGGAGUGAUUAAACAUUGAUGAUGUGCUGGUUGGGCAAUAUGGACUGUAUUAUAGAAUUAAUAACUGCUACUGGAAGCUAGUUACCUGAAAGCAAUCUACUGACGCAAUGAUGUUGAGGACUUGGAAGAAAAUAACAUUCUUAAGAAGAAUAUAUCAUACGCUUUCAUAGGUGACCUUAUACUACAAUAUGAACAAUAUACAAAACGUUUGUGCUCUCCAAUACUUGAUCCUUGUUAAAUUGAGACUGUUUAUAACACAUGCCUUGUUAUCGGUGUGCUGUUGACCAGAAUUGGAUCCAGGGAUAGGGCUAAGUUGGGAUAUCUUUGCUAUUUGAAUGCAGUAAAAUAUCAGCAAUAUUUCAUUAGUAAUAACAAGCAGGGAAGAAUAGAAAUGAAUCAGGUUUCAUCUCUGUGCUAAUGCCCUACAAUGUAUACUUCAAAGCAAUUUUCUCCCCUAGACUCUGUAAUAUAUGAUGACUGUGACUGCCAGGAAUAAAGCGGUGUUACUUUUGA